AUGAAGAACAUAAGCUGGAGGAUGCAGGGCGGCGUGGAUACCACGGACGACGACUCAUGCCCUUACCAGAAGCUCUCCGACGGGGCGGAGGCCAUCAGAGAGUUGUUCCGUCCAUCCUAUCCAGACUCUACAUCACUACUGGUGCAUGCGCUUGGCCGAUUCAAUUCCAUGGAAUGUCAAGAUGCACGAGACCGGCUGUACUCCUUCAUAUCUCUCGAUCAGAGUCCCAAAAUCGCUCCAAGCUACCAGCUUACCACCGCAGAAGUGUACAUUCAAUUUGCACAGGCGCUCAUCGACCGUGGCAUGUUCAUGGACAUCUUCCACAACCUACGACAGCGCUUCGUGAUUCCAGAGAAGGCGCAGCUGAACAUGCCAACCUGGGUUCCGGACCUCAGACUCACUUUCACUUCGAUCCCCAGGCGCACAGUCAAGGUACCAAGGGAGUUAUGGGCACAUCGUGAUGGCUCCCUCAGCUGCUCUCUGUACUACAUUGGGACAGUCGAUGCGGUUUGCAUGACCACCAAUGACUCUUUCUUCUAUGUCCGUCUUCUACCAAGCUCCGUGAAGCACGAGAGCACGGUUGACUCCCAAGAUUAUGCUACAGCUUCGAAAAUCGAGCUGGCCAAGCCAUUUGAGCAGGCCUUUUCCAAAUACACUGCCUCGCCCAAUUGCGUCCUUUACUUGUACAUUACACAAGAGCCAAUACUCUACAACAGCAUUGCGGCACCAGCAGCGCCCAUGAUGAUGUUCGCCAGCAUUGGUGCGCCGGUCACAACCACGCCAGCUGCGCUGCUGGAGCUGCUCGAGGAAGUCUGUGCCGCAACCGAGCCAGAGUUGGAACCAGUGCUAGAUCCAGAAGAGGCGGUGGUGCCAGCUGAGCUGCUUGAUGCUGCGGACGUGGCCGCUGACGAAGAGGAGUCGGUCGCUGUCGCCGUGGUAUCCGAGUUGGUCAUUGGUGACGAGCUGUCGCCAGUCUGUGCGGCGAGGGAGCUAACAAUCGACGAGUAG